AUAAGCAAAAGGAAGGCGAAAGAGUUAUUAAAAUGGAUAGUGUAGGAAAGGUCUUCGACAUGAUGCCUUGUCCUGGCAUACGUGAUUGCAGGGGAUGUAUGAACAAGCUUUAGCAAGGUUGAAAGAGAUGGGGAAUGCCAACUUGAAGCCUGAUUCUUUUACUUUGUCUAGUGUUCUUCCGGUUUUUGCAGAGUAUGUAGAUAUUAAGGGAAAGGAGAUUCAUUUGUAUGCCGUAAGACAUGUCAGUAGCUUGAUUGACAUGUGUGGAAACUCUACCCAUACAGAGGACUCUCUGAAAGUGUUCAGCCUGCUAUGUCGGCGUGAUUCCAUUUCGUGGAACUCGAUUUUUGGAGGAUGUGUGAAGAAUGGUAUGUUUGGGCUAAAACUAAGCCAACAGAUGUCUCCUUUUCAAGCUUGUGCCCACUUGACCACUCUACAUCUGGGGAAGCAGCUCCAUGGAUACGUAAUUCGGCGAGGAUUUGAGGAUAAUAUCUACGUAGUAAGCUCACUAGUGAACAUGUAUGCCAAAUGUGGUAACAUUAAGAUGGCGAUGUAGAUUUUUGACAAAAGGAGCAACGUGAUAUAUAUGGUGUCAUGGACAGCCAUGACUAUGGGAUGUGCAUUGCAGGGUCAUGCAUAUGAUGCCAUUUCCUUAUUUGAGCAGACGAAGGGAGAGGCAAUAAAGCCUACUUAUGUUGCUUUCAUGGCUGCAUUGACUGCGUGUAGCCAUGCUGGAUUGGUAGACGAAGCUUGGAAGUAUUAUAAUAGUAUGACCAAAAAAUAUAGGAUUGCUCUAGGUAUAGAGCACUAUGCUGCUGUUGCAGACCUUCUUGGUAGAGCUGGAAGGUUGGACAAAGCUUAUCGCUUUAUCUCUAGCAUGCAUAUAGAACCAACAGGAAGUGUAUGGUCAACAUUGUUGGCUGCUUGUGGAGUUCACAAGAAUGUUGAAUUGGCAGAAAAGGUUGCUGAAAAAAUAUUUGUUGUUGAUCCUGAGAACAGUGGAUCUUAUGUGCUUUUGUCAAAUAUAUAUUCUGCUGCUAAGAAAUGAAGAGAAGUAGCAGAAAUGAGAAUCUUGAUGAGAAAUAAGGGCAUGAAAAAAAGGCCACCCUGCAGCUGGAUUGAAGUUAAAAACAAGGUUCAUGCUUUUGUAGUGGGAGAUGAAUCCCAACCAUAUUGUAUUGAGAUAAUCAAGGCUCUGGAAGUUCUCUUGGAGCAGAUGGAGCGAGAAGGGUAUGUGCCAAACACAAAUGAGGUGCUCCAAGAUGUUGAAGAGGAGCAAAAGAAGUACCUGUUGUGUCACCACAGUGAGAGGCUUGCCAUGGCAUUUGGCAUCAUCAGCACUCCUGCUGACCGAGUAACAAGAAACCUUUGGGUAUGUAUGGAUUGCCACACAGCAACGAAACUUAUAUCCAAGAUUGUCGGAAGACUGUCAGAGAUAAUAUCUGGUUUCACCAUUUCAAGGGUGUGUGCUGUUCUUAGUGGAGGAGGAUACGCUGAGAUGGCAGCUGUUCAAGAAGGAUUAGUAUUUCCUAUCCCCAAAAGCAUUUCUGUGGAGGAGGCUGCUAGUUUCCCUCAGGUGGCUUGUAGUGUUUGGGCCGCACUUUUUACUGAAGACAUGCCAUCUUCUGAAUAUUGGUUACCUGCUGGUAGGAACAGUCGGCUAAUUGCCGGUGAAACUAUAUUGGUUCAUGGGGGAUCCGGGGGAAUUGGUUCAUUUGCAAUACAGUUAGCAAAAGCCCGGGGUGUAAAGGUGAUUGUCACAGCAGGUAGUGACAAGUUAGAGUAUUGUAAGACAAUUGGAGCUGAUGCAUGCAUCAGUUUCAAUUACAAGGACAAGGAAGAUGACUUUAUUGAACGGGUAAAUAGAGAAACAGUUGCCAACAAAGGUGUUGAUGUCGUCUUGAGUAGCCUCCCGAUUGAAUAUAUGCCGCGGAACCAUGCCUGUGUUAAGCAAGGUGGGAUGGUUAUUAAGAUGAAUGGUUGUUGGAUGCUACCAAAAGAUACUCGUGCUAGCACUCCACAGGCAAAAAAUGUUAAUUCUGAGCUUCAGGCGAACUUCAACAUAGGAGUGGCUGGCUUUCGGUUUAGAAAGCUAGAAGAGAGAGCAAAAGUUGUCGAGGAGGUACAGAAGCAUGUGUGGCCAUUAAUAGAAGUUGGUAAGGUAAAACCUGUUGUGCAUCAUCGUUUUCCAUUCGCUAAAGCAGCAGAGGCUCACCGGCUCAUGGAGAGUGGCAAGCAUUUCGGAAAGAUCCUGCUUAUUCCUAAUGACAGAUUUGAGAAUUCAAGGAUAGAACAGAGUUAG